CCCCGGUUGUCCCUUGUUGGCGAAACGUUUCAACAGAUUGCUAUUGGCAUUUCCCUCGCGCAAGUGGAGUGUCUGGCUUAUUGAGAUCCCGCUGAUCCCGUAGCAUGGUCCUUUGAUGGGUGGCUUCCCCUUGCGGGACUUGGGUUAUAUAAAGAAUCCGGCUAUGCGCGCCUCCUCCAUGCAUAGCCCUGCGACUAGCUUAGGGAGCUAAUUCAGGGAUCGACAUCUGAGUUCUGGGGUAUACUCUAUCUCAAGUACUUAAUGAGAUAGCCUCCCAAGUAACUGAGAAGAGAGGAUCGUCGUCCUCUCUAGGCCUACCGUGUCCAACCCCACGGACAUCCGACCCUUACUAAUACCUUUUGUCAUCAUAGCAUAGAGGAAGGAUAACAGCCCAGCAUGUUAUUCCGCAAAGCAGCCUCUUGGCUAACGAGGCUUCUUCCGCUCCUAGCCCCAACCGUCUCCGCCGCUGAAGCCGCAGCCAAUGACCACCGCGUCGUGAUCUACUACCAGACAUUCAACUACAACGGCAGCGCAACAGACCACGUCUCACUUCUUCCCCUCGUCAACAACGGCGCGGCCUCCGUGACGCACGUAUUGAUCGCCGCCAUCCACAUCCAAGACGACGACGGCGGGAUCCACCUCAACAACCUCAAGCCCUCGGACCCGGAGUUCGACCAAGUAUGGUCCGACGCCGCGCAACUGCAAGCCGCGGGCGUCACCGUCAUGGGCAUGCUAGGCGGCGCGGCAGCCGGUUCCUACGCUAAGCUCGACGGCGACGACGCGUCCUUCGAGAAGUACUACGCGCCUCUGCACGACAUGAUCGGCACGUACAACCUACAAGGUCUAGACUUGGAUGUCGAGGAAAACUUCUCGCUUAACGGCGUUAUCCGACUAAUCGACCGCUUAAAGAAAGACUUCGGUGAUGGCUUCAUUAUUUCCCUAGCCCCUGUAGCCUCUGCACUAACCAAGGGUGGCGGGAACCUUAGUGGCUUCAGUUACUUUGAUUUGGAAUCCCAGAGAGGCAGCUCGAUCGGGUUUUACAACGCGCAGUUCUACUACGGCUGGGGAGACGCCAGCAGUGCGUCUGACUACGAAGCCAUCGUCGACGACGGGUUCCCCGCCAACAAAGUCGUACUCGGUCUAGUAACCGAUCCAUCUAAUGGCUCCGGAUUCGUAGCACUGGACUCGGAAGCUGGCGUUCUAUCGGAGCUUAUCAGCGAGAACUCCGGAUUUGGCGGUGUGGCCGGCUGGGAGUAUUUCAACUCGCAACCCGGUGGUGACGCCUCGCCUUGGGAAUGGGCCUCUUGGAUGGCGGACCACUUGAAGGCCGCGGCCGCCGCUGGCAAGCGUGAGGUCCCUCGCUCCGAGGCCGUGUGGAGAGGAAUCCGCAAGGCCGGUCGGAAUGUACGUGGACAGGUGAAGAAGGUGUAUCGGGAUUACAUUGCUUAAAGAACUGCGUAUCGUAAGAGCACGUGUUGUAUCGUUGGGCGUUAAAAGCGGGUUUGAAUUUGAUGUUUGAUUCUGAUCCGCGGGAUAUGUUUAGGUACUUACCUUUGUUGAUAUUUGUUGCAACUUCAGUAUAUAGCCUUAAUUGCUACUUACGUUCUUGAACUA